CAAAAUUAUAAGUAAACAUUCCAACAAUGUCUUCUAAAAUGGAAAUACUUGCUAAGCCUUUGAGGCAAAGACAGCUGCCGUUAAACGAAUGUGUUAAAGUUGUAGUCAGGUGUAGACCGAUCAGCAAGAAAGAAGUCGAAGACAAUCAUGUUUCUAUUAUCAAAGUCGUGCCUGAAAGGGGACUUAUACAAAUUUGUAAUCCGGCACAUGAUAAUGCUAAGAAAAUUUUUACAUACGACUGUGCCUAUGAUUGUAAUACAACACAGACCAUGUUAUAUGAUGAAGUUGUUAGACCAUUGGUGUCUUCGGUGCUAACUGGUUUUAACGGCUGUGUUUUUGCUUAUGGACAAACUGGGACGGGUAAAACUUAUACAAUGGAAGGAGAUGCUGAUCAAGUAGGAGUAAUACCAAAAAGUUUUGAACAAAUCUGGAACCAUAUUAAUAGGACAAACAAUACAAAUUUUUUAGUAACCACUUCAUAUCUUGAGAUAUAUAUGGAGGAGCUCAAAGAUUUAUUAAACAAAAACAAUGACAAGAAUUUAGAAAUUCGUGAACGUGAAGGCUGGGGCACAUAUGUCCCUGAUUUAACCUCAGUGGUUUGCAAAAGCGUGGAGGACAUGAUGCGUGUAAUGCGCAAAGGCAAUAAAAAUAGAACAAUCGGCCAUACAAACAUGAACACACACAGCUCGAGGUCUCAUGCUGCUUUUAUGAUAACCAUAGAAAUGUGUGAUACAUUCACAAACAGUGUUACUGUUGGUAAACUUAAUUUAAUUGAUUUAGCAGGUAGCGAGAGGCAAAAUAAAACUGGAGCUACUGCUGAACGUUUGAAAGAAGCAAGUAAAAUCAAUAAGUCCUUAAGUUCUUUAGGAAAUGUUAUAUCAGCUCUAGCAGAAAAUUCUCCACACAUUCCAUACAGGGAUUCUAAGUUAACAAGGUUAUUACAAGAUUCAUUAGGAGGCAAUUCUAAAACUAUCAUGAUUGCAAAUAUUGGGCCGGCUAGCUACAAUUAUGAUGAAACUUUGACCACUUUAAGAUAUGCUCAUCGUGCUAAAACUAUACAAAAUCUUCCAGUUGUUAAUGAAGAUCCUAAAGAUGCUAAAGUCAGGGAAUACCAGAGUGAAAUCACUCGUCUAAAGGCUUUGAUUGAAGAACGCAAACUGAAAGAGAUUGAAGACCGAAAGAAGACCACCAGGCACAAGAUUGAAAUGGAUAAAUUAGCUCAGGAGAAUAAUAAAGAAGAAAUGGCUAGGAGGAGAGAAAUGAUGAAGAAAGAAGAGGAAUUAAGGCGUAAGCAACUUGAAGAUGAAAGAAUGACCACAGAAGCUUUGGCUAAACAAUUAGAACAUUUGGAAAGUCAGUUGGUACGAGGUGGAGUCAAUAUAAUUGACAGUGUGGCUGAAAAUCAGAUUGAACUGGAGGAACGUUUAGCAGCCAUUGCAGAGAGGAAACAGCGUGAAAUUGAGAUGCAACAGAAAUUAAUGCAGGAGGAGGAAACAACCUUAGGUAUAAGAGAGACUUACAGCUCUCUGCAGCAAGAAGUUGAAGCCAAGACAAAGAAAAUAGAAGAGAUAAACAGCAAAAUCCAAGCAGCAAAACAAGAAUUGCAGGAUUUAAAAGAUGAGCACAUUCGUGACCGUACAGAAUUAGAAUUGACACAAAAUGCUUUAGUGAAAGAAAUGAAAUUAAAAUUGAUGAUUAUUGAUAAUUUUAUACCAAAUGAAAUCAAAGAUAAAUUUUAUGCAAAUGCAAAGUUUGAUGAAGAUUUGGACAUAUGGACAGUUGCAAUAACUAAAGAAAUGUUGCCACCAAGACGACCGAUAUCCAAACCAGGACGGCGCAGGCCUAUUUCUGAGGUCUCUUUGGUUAAAAGACAUUACCCUGGCUUGGCAGGUAUACGUCACAGAGGUGAGAAUAUUAUUGAGUAUGACUUGGACAUGCCAUUUCGCACCACAUUUGAAUACGAAGCCCCAACAGUGUCCCCAGCGUUACAAUCAGUAUUAGAAGAUGCUUUACAACCAGAAGGAGAUUUAGAAAUCACUUCACCCCGUCAACCGUUCUUCAGAACUGCCCAAAUCAUGAAAAGACCUAGUACAACAAACCGACACAAUCAAAACUAUUCAGCAUCUGGUACUAAGUUAUCUAGACCGAAGACUACUUCAGUUGGGAAUAUUAUGGGGGCCAAUAAGGAGGGCGGGGUGUAUCCUAAGACUAGGGGGCUUGUGCCGAAAUGAAUGUUGCUUAGGUUGCUCAUAUUCUUGUUGCACGUUUAUGUAUUAGUUUAUGUGUAAUGGUAAUGGACACAGGGAUAAAAACGUUUGAAAGUU